AUGCCGUAUGAACCAUCAUCUGAGACAUGCUCGAGCCACUACGACAGCGACGACAUCCAAGCGGCCAACAUUUUCAUGUUGAUGCGCCACGCGGAUCAAAGCUCAGCUGGCAACUAUGCAAAGCACUCGUCUGGCGAGAUGGGAAAGGCUCUUCCCCCGGUGCCUCCGAGUCAGCUCGUCCGUGUGACUGAAAAGGGAUCUCAAGCAGCUGGCCAACCUCCUACGUCCGGCGUCUCGGAUUGUGGUUGUCGAUGGCAUCAGCAUUGUAUCGUUCUUCCAACGCGAAGUUUGCCGCGGCACCGGUCCAGCGAAGCCUUCAGCACCAGGGCUCAGCUUCGCUUCUUUGACAUAUCUGAGUACACGAGCAUUCGGAUGGACGCAUGUAGUGUGAUGAAGUCGCUCCGAUCGAGCUUCCGGCAAGCGUUGCCCUUCUGGCUUUCGUCGGACUGGUGA